AUGAUUGCGUAUGUAUCUUCGUCGAGGGUGUUAGAGUUGAGUGACAAAUUUAUUGACAUCAGUAAUGAUGGAAUGUGGUUUGUAAAGUUCUACGCUCCAUGGUGUGCUCACUGCCGGCGCUUGGAGCCGGUGUGGGCACAUGUAGCACAAUCCCUUUACAACACCCCUAUUAAAGUGGCAAAAGUUGAUUGUACCCGUUUUACUGCAGUGGCUACUCACUUCAAAGUAAGAGCUUACCCUACAAUUAUGUUUAUCAAAGGAUCUUAUCAACAUGUGUACAACGGUGAAAGAGAGAAAGAUGAAAUGAUUAACUAUGCUAUGCGUAUGGCCCAACCUGCGAUUCAGAGAGUUACACAUGCAGACAGCAUUGGAUAUUUAAAAGAAACUCACAAUAUAUUUUUUGGAUAUGUGGGGAAGCAGCAAGGACCAUUAUGGGAGAUGUUCGAACUUCAUGCUGAAAGAUAUCGGCCUCAUACAUGGUUCUACCUAAUGUCACAUGAAGUAAUAAAAAAUGAGAUGCACCCUCCCAAUGAGUCAGCAGUAUUUGUUUAUAAAGAAGAUGGUAUUUAUUUUUUUGAAGCCAAUCCAGCCCUAAUAGACGACAAGGAAACUUUGAAUAUUACUCUGGACAGAUGGAUAAACUCUGAAAGGUUUGGAUUUUUCCCAAAAAUCACUAGAGCUAACAUAAAUGAUAUUAUGGACAUACAAAAGUAUAUUGUCAUGGCAAUCGUAUCGGAGAACAAGCUGGGUGAAAUAACACAAACCGAAAAGGAUUUUAAAGAGAUGGUUGAAAGUAUCAUUAGAAAAAAGAAAUCUGAACUUCAUGAUCAUUUCCAAUUUGGUUGGAUGGGAACUACGGAAUUAGCAAAUUCUAUAGCCAUGUCUGAAUUGACUGUCCCACAUUUGUUGGUGUUAAAUUCCACAACCAGACAUCAUCACAUACCGGACGAUGAUCCCGUACUUAUGACAGCAGAGGCGGUUGCGUUGUUCCUUGAUCAAAUUCUAAAGCAACAAGCACCUGCAUAUGGAGGUAAUAAUUGGCCAGUCCGUUUAUACAGAGGAUUUUUCGAAGCAAGAACAACACUGAGUAAUAUGUGGAGGGGAAAUCCAGUGUUAACGGCGCUUGUGUUUGGUCUACCUCUUGGUUUCCUUUCUUUAAUAUUUUAUUCUAUUUGUUGCACUGACAUACUUGAUGCGGAAGAACAAGAGCCAGAGUCUCACGAAAAGAAGGAUUAA